GGAGUUGCAAAAUACUCUUCUGUUUUGGCCAACCCGCCGGACCAACUCAUCUCUAACUCUGAAAAUUUGCCGAAACAAGUCCACCAUUACAGAAUACCUAAUUUCUGUAAACCUUCCAUAUUUUCAGUUUAGAGAAAUUAAAAUUUUCCUCUUUUAUCUGAUAUUACCUGUUUACUAAACCCUAAAUUUUCUUCCUUCAAUUUCAAAUAUUGCAAUUUUCCUUCUUUUUCAGUAAAUUAUUACUUGUUUAAAGAAGUAUUUGAUCGAAGAUGCAGCACGAUGAGGUCAUUUGGCAAGUUAUUCGUCAUAAUCACUGCAGUUUUAUGUCCAAAAUUGAAACGGGUUUAUUUUGCCGAAAUCCGUACAAUGCGACUGGUAUUUGUAAUCGGAGCUCUUGCCCUCUUGCUAAUAGUCGAUAUGCCACAAUUCGAGAAGAUAAAGAAACAGGGAUACUUUAUCUGUACAUGAAAACUAUAGAGAGAGCUCAUAUGCCUAACAAGUUGUGGCAAAGGAUUAAGUUGCCGUUAAAUUAUGAUAAGGCGUUCGAGAUUAUUGAUAAGCAUAUGAUGUAUUGGCCGAAAUAUCUCGUGCAUAAGGUGAAGCAGCGAUUGACCAAGAUGCAUCAAAUGCGCAUACGGAUGAGGAGGCUUGCUAUAAAAACAAGGGAAAAGAUUAUGACUACUCCAAGGAAGGAGAUGAAGAGGGAUGCCAGAAGAUUGGACAAGGCUGAGAUAGCAGCAGCAAUCGAGAAGAAAAUUGAGGAGGAAUUGCUUGAACGCCUUAACAGAGGUGUCUAUGAUGACAUAAGCAACGUUGAUGAAAAAAUAUGGAAAAAAGUUCUCGCACCCCCUGAAGAGGAGCUUGAAGAUGAUGAAGAGAAUGAGGUAGAGUAUGUAGAAGGCUUUGAAGAUCUUGAAGAGGAAGAUGAUAUGGAGGAUUUUGGUCUUGCAAUGAAUGAACCUCUUAGUGAUGAUGGCGAAGAUGACGUGGAUGAAGAUGAUGAAGAUUCACAUGUUUCUGAUAAAAAGAGGAGCCGAAAAGAAUCCAAAUACUCUACGAAGAAGACGGACAGGGACGAGCCUGUUUCCAAGUCAAAGAAGAAAGCAAGGGUUCUUGUUGAGGUUGAACAUGAAGAUGCUGGAGAAAGACAAACCGCAACUCACUGAGAGCUAUGUAGAAAAACAGACCACAACUCACUGAGAGAGAGUUAUGUUCAAUUUUGCUAAACUAGUUUAGGUUGUGUGACAAAGACUUAUCACUUACAAAUGAGAGGUGAAACUGUAGUAGGCAAUUGUGAUAGUUAUUAUGGAUUUAUUCAGUUUUGUGCAAUGGUGGCAAAUGCUGGAGUCUUUUUUACUGUUUAACUCUGGUAUGGGAACCAAACCUCACUCUCUGAGUUACCUGAUUUUAGAUCUACAUCGUGUAAUCUUCGCUCAUCAAUACCAAUCAAUUUUACAUAAUUUUUUA